CGGAUUUUGCCCGUCGCUUGCGCGAGGCAUUGUGGGAGUGAUUAAGGAAGUAAAAUGGCGGACCUGGCCAACGAAGAAAAGCCAGCCAUUGCACCUCCUGUCUUUGUGUUCCAGAAGGAUAAAGCACAAAAGUUCCUUGCAGAGCAAAAAGGGCUGUCGGAUUCAGGCGAGGACCCCGUGGGAGAAGUUGAGUCUCCUCACCGGGGGAUGGGUCUCCCCAAGUCACCAGGGGAGCGCAACUUUGAGGCGCCUGCCCCCACUGGUGCUUGUGCCAGUGCUGAAGCCCGCCUUGGUCCUAUUUCUCAAGAACUGGCAGGGAGGUCAGCAGAUGGGUCAAGUCCGGAAGAUGGAGAAGAGUCAGACCGAGAGGAUGGGAGUUACUGCCCCCCCAUAAAGCGCGAAAGGACGUCCUCACUCACCCACUUCCCUCCUUCACAGUCGGUGACAAAGAACAAUGUUUUUAUGCCGUCAAGCUUCUGCGAACCCUUAGCAGGGAACUCCGACUCAGAACCAGAGGAGAAGAGCACAGGAUUCCGACUCAAGCCGCCCACCCUUAUCCACGGCCAGGCACCCAGUGCAGGUGUCCCCAGCCAGAAACCGAAAGAACAACAAAAAAGUGUGUUACGCCCGGCCGUGUUGCAGGCCCCACAGCCGAAGGCUUUCUCACAAGCAGUUCCGACCAGUGGGACCAAUGGUGUUAGCAUCCCUUCCAAUCCUGUGGCAGCCACGUCUGAGCCCAUGAGUAACACAACGCCGAAAUCUCCUGAGUCGGAGGAAAAGGACAAUACCUGUCAGAAAACUGAGCCUCCCCAUGCUGCUGAGGCCGAGAAAUGCAAAGCGGCUGAGCAGAACGCCCAGCAGUCGUUUGUUUUUGGGCAAAACCUAAGAGACCGAGUGAAGUUAGGAGAUGAAGGGGACGACUCUGCCGACCUACCAAAUGCCCGGCUCCCAAGCUCCGAGAUGCUUCCGGCCACCAACUACUUCCUACAGUACAUCAGCUCCAGCACGGAAAACUCGACACACGGUGCCGAUGCCUCCAGCACCAAGUUUGUGUUUGGGCAGAACAUGAGCGAGCGGGUUUUGAGUCCACCCAAACUGAGCGAGCCUGGCACAGACAGUAACAAGGAGAACACCGCCGGGGAUUCUGGCUCUGAAUCCUCCUCGCAGGAAGCCACUCCGGAAAAGGCCAAUAACAUUUCAGAGUCGCUGGCUGAAUCUGCCGCAGCGUACACGAAAGCAACUGCCAGGAAGUGUCUGCUGGAGAAGGUAGAAGUGAUCACAGGGGAGGAAGCAGAAAGUAACGUCCUGCAGAUCCAGUGCAAGCUGUUUGUCUUUGACAAGACCUCUCAGUCGUGGGUGGAAAGGGGCCGAGGGCUCCUGAGGUUGAACGACAUGGCGUCCACUGACGACGGGACACUGCAGUCGCGCCUGGUCAUGAGGACACAGGGCAGCCUGCGGCUCAUCCUGAACACCAAGCUUUGGGCACAGAUGCAAAUCGACAAGGCCAGCGAGAAGAGCAUCCGGAUCACCGCCAUGGACACGGAAGACCAGGGAGUCAAAGUGUUUCUCAUCUCGGCAAGUUCUAAAGACACAGGACAACUCUAUGCUGCCUUGCACCACCGGAUCCUGGCCUUGCGGAGUCGUGUGGAGCAGGAGCAAGAGGCCAAAAACUCAGCCCCGGAGCCGGAGGUGACCCAGUCGAACGAGGAAGACAGUGACGAUGACGAUGGCCUGGCCCCUUCAGGAUCACCUGGAAGUGGCCCCCCCGACGAAGGUGACGGACAAACGGGAGGGAGCACAUAGCGGCCAUGAGCCCCUCCGCCUGGCCAGAGCUGCGGCAGCCAAGACCUUCUGGUGGAAUGUCCUGCCCCAGGCCAGCCAUCGAGGCACCAAGACAUAUAAACUCUGCAUCCCUGUUCUGGUUUUUUUGUGUUGGAUUUUUUGGGGAGCUGGAUCGGUCGAUUCCAUAUUAAAAAAAAAAAGAGAGAGAGAGAGAGAGAAAAACAGCAGACUUUGGACAAAAUUCGCUGGAUGUGGUUUGGGGACACCAAUGCUCAUCAUAUUGAUGAGUGGGAAGAAAUAACCCUCUCCCCACCCUGCACUUGCUAUUACUUGUUAAGGCAUCGUGUGACUCACCACAGCCUGUUUGCAGGAUCUCCUGGCUCUCCUCCCCACCACGGAACCUUCCCGGGCAGCCCCUCCUUGCGUUCAUCUUUCCCAGCCCUCCCGGUGCCCCCCCCCCCCACCUGGGUUCUGGCUGCUCCCGCCCUCCCGCUCUCCUUUGGAUUGCAAACCGCAAGACACUUCGUUGCCCUCGUCUCUUCCGACUUCCAACCCCAAGGAACUCUGCGGAUGCCUGGAAGCGCUGCUUGCCUGACAGGCCCCCUUCUGUGUUUUGAUUGUGUCCCCACACACACACACACACAGAUUACACACAAGAUCUGGACAGCGGUUUCCUGAGCUUGGAAGAGACUUUCAGCCAGGGGAGGGGGGGGAUGCUAACAGCCCCUUUUCCUUGUUAUUAUUUGGGACUUCUAUUGUGACAAUAACUUUUUUUUUAAUUUUAGUUUUGUAUAAGAUACUCUAGUGUGAUGAGCAAAUGAGCGCCCUUCAGUUUUGUACUGUUCUUUUCUGUUACUAUUUAAGGGAGAGCCAAGCCACUCUAGCUGUGUGUGUGUCCGCACACCCACACACACACACACAAAACAGGUGUUAACGUACCAGGCUGUGUGUUGUUCCUGCCUAGUAACCUCCCAGUCUUGCCACCGUGCUUAAUGGCUGAGUGGGACACAGCUGUCUCGACUUUUCAAGAACACAGACACUAGUUUGCCGAAGCAGGGCCCGCUGCUGAGACACACCGAAGUCCCCUUCUCUCACUAUGAGCCUCCACCCCCCCACCCCCUGCUCAGUGAGGGGCUUUCGUUUCUGCCUAAAUCGAAGGGGCGGGGCAGUGCCCUGCCGAACCUUCCUGCCAGCCUCUUUUCCAGAAGCUGCCGGCCUCCGAAAGAACCAUGACAGGCUUUGUCUUGGUUACCCAGAUAAGCCCUGUGGUGUGGGCAGCAUCUUUAAGGCAAAGGCCCCCUGGCUGGAUGCCCAGAGCGGCCCCCCCAUAUGCAGCAGGCACCCCCCCCCCAUUACCAGCUGACAUGGGAUUGUGGCAUCUUCAGGCCUCUGGAGUCAGCCGUGGAGAAGCCCUUGCAGGGGGAGGGCAUGGGCGGUCCUCUCUCAUGGGGUCCUCGCCAGCCACCUUUGCCAACAUCUUGUCCUUUCCCAAACCAAGGCAGUAACAUGCGCGGUCCCUUUUUGCCCAGAAAUUUCAGCAGCUUUGUAUUCUGUGUGGGCUUCCCACCCCCGACAUUGUUCGAGUAGAUCUGUUUUGGCUCUCCCCCCCCCUCCCCUGCCUUGAUGAAAGGACAUGUGGGGGUGACCAGGGUUAGCUGUCCCCCCACCCCACCCCCGUCUCCAGCAGACCUGACUUCCCUUUUCGGAAAGCUGUCCUGGAGCUAACCAGUUCUUCUGGCUAGGCAGAGAGAGAGAGAGAGAAAGUAGCAGGUUUGGCUGUGUCUGUACAUUGGACUUCCUUCUCCAAACUCCUCCUGUUGAAUUUUUUUCCCCCCCACAGAGGGAGAAACCAGCCAGCUCCAAAGUAGAAGCAGAGUCUGGCUGAACUGUGAACCGGUGGGGCACUGGUCUGUUGAGUAUGGGGUGGGUGGGGGUGGGAGACUCUUGUAUCAAGGAGACGGAACCUUUUAGACAGCUUUAAACUGGUGAACUGAAGCAGGUGAGAGCAUUCUGAUGUCUAGUAUUUAAUGGGGGGAGGGAAGCAAGCCCCUAAAUCAGUUUACUCUGGCAUAGCAGGGAUGUGUUAGGGGUGGGAUGGGGGGGUGUCUGCUUCGUUGGAACAUCUGGGAUUGUCAUGGGGUUAUUUUUAGUACGUGCGCACAUGUGUGGAAGCGUUGUGGGAGUGAGCGAGUGCCCGCGCGGGAGUCAGCAGAAGGCCGCUGCAGGGGUUACCUGCCGGUUCCCUCGGAACUUUUAAUAUUUGGAUGUCGAAAGGAUUCCCCACAGACUUCAUUCUUACAAACCUGGCAGCUACUUUGGACGUGGCAGUUUGGAUCCAGCCGGCUGCCCUCAGGCCAUGCAAAGGAGGAGAGAUUCCACGUUGAUUCCGGAGCAGCUGUGGACCCUAUUCGGGGCACCUCGGCGAGUCCCAAGACUCCUCUAGGGGCUUUCUGGGGAUGGGGGUGGUCAGAUGGGCCAGAAACUGACUUUAUUUCCUUUCUUUUCUGCUUCAAGGUGUAGCCAGCUAGUGACAAGUAAAAACCAGACAACGCCCGUGUGUUUUGGAAGAUUUCUGUAAGACGGUCAUAUCAGAUGUAUUUGGGAAUUACAUUAAAACUUGU